AUGGCUGCCAUUGGGGUCCCGCAGCGAGACUUCCCCUGCCCGCUGGCGGAGGGCAGGCAGGGCGGCCCUGCCGGCACGGCACCCCAGCAGCAUGACCCCCUGGCAGUUUGUCUCUGCCCCUGCCAGGAUGCGCCAACCUCGGAGGAGCUGGAGCAGUUCGCCAAGGACCUCAAGCACAAGCGCAUCAUGCUGGGCUUCACCCAGGCUGACGUGGGGCUGGCUCUGGGCACCCUCUACGGGAAGAUGUUCAGCCAGACGACCAUCUGCCGCUUCGAAGCGCUCCAGCUCAGCUUCAAGAACAUGUGCAAGCUGAAGCCGCUGCUGCAGCGUUGGCUCAACGAGGCGGAGAACACGGACAACAUGCAGGAGAUGUGCAAUGCGGAGCAAGUGUUGGCCCAAGCCCGGAAGAGAAAACGCAGGACCAGCAUCGAGACCAACGUGAAGGGGACGCUGGAGAGCUUCUUCCGCAAGUGCGUGAAGCCCAGUCCCCAGGAGAUCUCCCAGAUCGCGGAGGACCUCAACCUGGACAAAGAUGUGGUCCGGGUCUGGUUCUGCAACCGGCGUCAGAAAGGCAAACGGCUGCUGCUGCCCUUCGGCAACGAGGCGGAGGGGGUGAUGUACGACAUGAACCAGUCCCUGGUGCCCACCGGCCUGCCCAUCCCGGUGACGUCCCAGGGCUACAGCCUGGCGCCCUCCCCUCCCGUCUACAUGCCGCCCUUCCACAAAGCCGAGAUGUUCCCUCAAGCGCUGCAACCUGGGCUCUCCAUGAGCAACAGCAGCCACUGA